CUUCUUCUAUCAGCCAUUCCCUUUACCUACCCCCACAAUUUCUUCUCCUUCUUCUCUUUCUCUUUCACAUAUUUAUUUCUUCAUUUAUUUCAUUUUUAGACAACUCUCCUUCCAUAUAAUCACCACCUACACACGCACAUUACUAUAUAUUUACAUAAAAUUCAUUUCUGAACAAAAAGAUCAAGUGAGACUAAUCAAACACGUACACAUUCACAUUCUGAAAAAUACAAAACACUUCUUGUUCACAUUUCACAAUGAUAACUGCAGCUCUACACGAACCUCAGAUUCACAAACCAACCGAUACAUCCGUCGUCGUCUCCGGCGAUGUCCAUCCUCCUCCUCCUCCUCCUCCUCCUCCUUCUCCUACUCCUCGCAUUUUCCGGUCGAAGCUCCCGGACAUUGACAUCCCCAACCACCUCCCUCUCCACACUUACUGCUUCGAGAAACUCUCCUCUGUCUCCGACAAGCCUUGUCUCAUCGUUGGCUCAACCGGAAAAAGCUACACCUACGCGGAAACCCACCUUAUCUGCCGGAGAGUCGCUUCCGGGCUGUACAAGUUAGGUAUCAGAAAAGGUGACGUCAUCAUGAUCCUUCUCCAAAACACAGCCGAGUUUGUCUUCUCCUUCAUGGGUGCUUCCAUGAUCGGAGCCGUCUCAACCACGGCCAACCCUUUCUACACUUGUCAAGAGAUUUACAAACAGCUCAAAUCUUCCGGAGCCAAACUCAUCAUCACUCACUCUCAAUACGUUGAAAAACUCAAAAACCUAGGAGAAGACCUCACUCUCAUCACCACCGACGAACCAACACCGGCGAAUUGUCUCUCGUUCUCCACACUCCUCACCAACCAGCCAUACCCACUUCAAGAAACCGUCCAUAUCUGCGGUGACGAUGCGGCUGCGCUUCCGUUCUCAUCCGGAACAACAGGGUUACCGAAAGGAGUGGUUCUGACUCACAAGAGCUUAAUCACAAGCGUUGCACAACAAGUAGAUGGAGAUAACCCAAAUCUUUACCUCAAACCAAACGACGUCGUACUCUGCGUUUUACCUCUUUUCCACAUCUACUCUCUCAAUAGCGUCCUCCUCAACUCCAUCCGAUCCGGUGUUACGGUUCUUUUAAUGCACAAGUUCGAGAUCGGAGCCUUGUUGGAUCUGAUCCAAAGACACAGAGUGACAAUGGCGGCGCUUGUUCCACCGCUAGUGAUCGCUCUAGCUAAAAACCCUGCCGUUAACUCUUACGAUCUUUCCUCUGUUAGAUUGGUUCUCUCUGGUGCAGCUCCUUUAGGCAAAGAUCUUCAAGAUAGUCUACGUCGCCGUCUCCCUCAAGCCAUCCUUGGCCAGGGAUAUGGUAUGACGGAGGCUGGACCAGUUUUGUCAAUGAGCCUUGGAUUCGCUAAAGAACCGAUCCCGACAAAAUCAGGGUCUUGUGGUACUGUGGUCCGAAACUCAGAGCUUAAAGUGGUUCACCUCGAGACACGUCUAUCUCUUGGUUACAACCAACCUGGUGAGAUUUGUAUCCGCGGUCAACAGAUCAUGAAAGAGUACUUGAACGAUCCAGAAGCCACGUCAGCAACAAUAGACGAAGAAGGUUGGCUUCACACAGGUGACAUUGGGUAUGUGGAUGAAGAUGAUGAAAUCUUCAUUGUUGAUCGACUCAAAGAGGUCAUCAAGUUCAAAGGCUUUCAGGUCCCUCCGGCUGAACUAGAGGGUUUGCUCAUCAACCACCAUUCAAUAGCGGAUGCAGCUGUUGUUCCGCAAAAUGAUGAAGUCGCUGGUGAAGUUCCAGUGGCUUUCGUGGUGCGAUCCAAUGGAAAUGAUAUCACUGAAGAAGAUAUUAAAGAAUAUAUUGCCAAACAGGUGGUGUUCUACAAGAGAUUGCACAAGGUCUUCUUUGUACCUUCCAUUCCCAAAUCUCCUUCCGGAAAAAUUCUGAGAAAGGAUCUCAAAGCUAAACUUUGUUAAACUUAAAAAAAAAACUAUUUUUUUUCUCUUUCUUUCUUAAAUGUAUUUCAUUGAUGAUUCAAACGUUCUUUUGUAUCCACCCACAAUACGCGUGUCUUUGUUUAUAUCCUUUGUCAGUUGUCACUACUCACCGAUGUUGGAAACUACUAAUUAAGAAGUUAAGAGUGUUAAAAAACUGAAUUAUUUUGAAUGCGCUUA